AUGAAGUUGAACAUUUCUUAUCCAGCAAAUGGUACUCAAAAGCUGAUUGAAAUUGACGAUGAUCGUCGUCUCCGCGUCUUCAUGGACAAGAGAAUGGGCCAAGAAGUUCCCGCAGACUCUGUAGGCCCUGAAUUCGCAGGGUAUGUUUUCAAGAUCACCGGUGGUAAUGACAAGCAAGGUUUCCCCAUGUUCCAAGGUGUCUUGCUUCCUCACCGUGUUCGUCUUUUGCUUCGUGCUGGUCACCCUUGCUAUCGCCCUCGUCGUGAUGGUGAGCGCAAGCGUAAGUCCGUCCGUGGUUGCAUCGUCAACCAAGAUAUGGCUGUUCUCGCUGUUGCCAUUGUUAAGCAAGGUGAACAAGACAUUCCCGGCUUAACCGACGUUACCGUCCCCAAGCGUUUAGGACCUAAGCGUGCUUCUAAGAUUCGCCGCUUCUUCAACUUGACCAAGGAAGACGAUGUUCGCCAAUUCGUUAUUCGUCGUGAGGUUCAGCCCAAGAAGGAGGGCAAGAAGCCUUACACCAAGGCCCCCAAGAUCCAACGCCUUGUUACUCCCAGAACUCUCCAACACAAGCGUCACCGCUUUGCUCUCAAGCGCAGACAAGCUGAAAACAACCGUGAGGCUGCUGCCGAGUUUGCUCAGUUGAUGGCUAAGCGCGUUGCUGAACAAAAGCAAAAGAAGGAUGUUGUCAAGGCUCGCCGUGCCUCUUCUAUAAGAAAGUCAUCUAUAUAA